UUCAUAUACAAAUUCUUUAAAAUUCUCUCGUCUACUACGUAUAUAGCUUUCCUUUAAAUAAAUUAUCUAUUUUCUCUUUUUAUUUAUGAAGCUCUUAAAUUAUAAAAUUACAAAUUAUACAUGAAGAUGAAAGAGGGAGGAUAGGUAGAGUAUGUAAUCUCACAAAAUAUGAAUUGAGUAAGAAAUGAAGAAGCGAUAAUGUAAUUAAAAUUCAAGUUGAAAUUGAGAUUUGUCACAUAGCAUUAUAGCAUAGCAUUUAUCAUCAUCAUCCCGCUAAACAAGGUAUACACAAAAACAAUUUUUAUUGCAUUUUAUACAACGGUCAUUCUGGUUGAUCAAAGCUCUCUGGCUUUGUUUUUGUUGUUUUCUUUUUUUUUUUAUUAUUAUUUGAAUUCUCCUUAAAAGGGAAAUGUGCUCGGAAUAUUAAUUUUUUCUUUUAUAAUUUGUUGUUGUUUCUUUUUUGUAUAUUAUAUGAGGUCAGAACUUAUUGUGAAACAAUGGAGAGUAGAGGGAAUAUUCUUUGCUGAUAUUUUUAAUUAAAGUGAGUACAUAUACGAGUAUCUUAAUUGAGGAGCAGUGAGUAUAUUAAGUCAGUAGAUUUGUCACUGAAGUCAUAAAGAAGAAUGCAUAAAUUAUAUAAUCAACAGAAAAAUAAGAAGAAUAAAUCUUGUCAAAAAAAAUUUUAUAUGGUUUUUGUUAGGUACUUACGUACUACAAUGACCUUGACAAUUUUUUUAAUAGGAAGGAGCGGAAGUUGAAAUAUUAUUUUGAAUUUGUUGUUACUUAAAUUUGUUGUUGUUAAAAGUUUAUUUUAAAUCAUUUCUUAGUCAAAUUCUAAUAAGUAUCGACGUAUAAAGAGUGCUUAGAUUUAUAAGGUAGUCUACACUAUACGUUGUCUAUUGUAUUAUUGAGUCGAUUGAAUAUUUUCCUAUAAAUAAAAUGCACCUUAUUUUCUGAACGAAGGUAUCUAAUUGUUAGAGCCCUUAAUAAAUAAAUGAAUUUUCAACUCGUCCGUGUGUUUCUUAUUUAUCCAGAAAUGGCAAAAUGGCACUGAUACAAUUUCAGUAUCAAAGAUGAGGCUAAACAUUUUCAAGUUCUUUGUAUUUAUUGGACUAAUUGGACUUUCAUUUUCAUAUCCUCAAUUAUAUAGUUUGCGUGGUGUUUUCGAUACAGCUACAAAUGUUACUGGUGGUAUUCUUAAAAAAGUACCAAAAUAUAUUCCAUCUGUUAGUGAAGUUUGGACACUUGGUAAAGAUGUAAUUGCUGGAUAUCCUUUUGAAAUAGCUUCAGAGUUAAUAAAUAAAGUUUGUUCUGGUGUUAAUGCAAUUGAAGCGGUGCAAUCGCAAGUGACACCUGAUGUCAACAGUAUGACUUUACGGUUAAUAACAGAAUGCCAGAAUUACACUUUUCCAAUAUUGAAAGCAAGUGAAAUGUGGAAAAGCCCACAUUUUGAUCCAUCAAAAAAAGUUGUUGUCAUUAUAUCUGGAUGGACAAAUACUAUUAACGAAAGCUCCACAAUAUAUGAAAUUGGGAAAGCAUACUUGUGUCGAGGUGGAGUUAAUGUUGUAGCUCUUGAUGCUGGCCAAUAUGUCAACACUUUAUAUACAUGGUCCGCAUUGAAUGUAGACGAAAUUGGAAAAAUUCUUGCUUCAGGACUAGUAGAACUUGAAAAAGUUGUUCCUCUAGAAAACAUUCAUUUGAUUGGUCAUAGCUUGGGUGCCAAUAUUGCCGGUUAUGCUGGUAAAUAUUUUACAAGUACUACAGAUAGACUAUUACCAAGAAUUACAGCAUUGGAUCCGGCUAGACCAUGUUUUAAUGAAGGAGAAAAAUUAAGUGGUAUUGAAAGAGGUGAUGCUGAAUUUAUCGAUGUAAUUCACAGUAAUUCGGGAGUACUUGGUAAAAGAGUACCUGUCGGAGAUGUUGAUUUUUAUCCAGGUGGCACUGGUCCAUUAAGAAAGGGAUGCUUUUCAAUUGUAUGUUCACAUAGUCGGGCAUUUGAAUAUUAUGCUGAAACUGUUUAUCCAGGCUAUGAAAACAACUUAAUGGCGGUUCGUUGUAAUUCAUUAGCUAAUUUAAAACGUGGAUUUUGUACCGGUAGACCACAUACUAUGGGUUAUGGUGUUUCAACAAAAUUAAAAGGAAGUUAUUUCUCUGAUCCUGAUGGUGUAUUUCCAUUUGGUUUACCUGAUAACCAUGAAAAACCAGAUGUGACACAAUGUGGAUUGUGUCAUAGUGAAGAAGCAAAAAAACCAUUAGUUAAAUUUUAAACUGGAUAUAAUUCUUUAAAGUUUUGUAGAAUCAUGUAAAUAAAUAAAAAUUUCAUUAGAAAAAAUUUCUU